AAGAAAAUUUGUAUUGAUUAUUCUCGCAAAGCAUGAUCACAGAUAUUAGUGAUCAUAAUUCAGUCAAUUCUAUCAAUUCAUCUGUGAAACUCUCAAUCUUCGGUUAUAGUGACAGAUGAUCGAGUUAUAGCCUGCAAUCGAAUGGGGCGCAGAUAACCUGUUGAACAUAAAACUUUACCCUUUUAUAAUAGCGCUACCAAAAAAUUAAAUUCCCUUAUUCCAGGCAGUACAAGUUGUAACUUGUAAGCUUUUUGGAGAAAUGGCCGAACAUUCCCCUUCACCGACUCCUGAAAGGGCGAUCUAUGGAUUUGUUCUUUACGUUGCAACUUACAUGUUAUUUGGUUUGUACAUUUCAUGGGCAUACUUGCCAGAGUCCUGGUUGACUAUGCUGGGUAUUACAUAUCUCCCUCAACGUUUUUGGGUGUUUGCUGGUCCACUGUAUUGCUGUGUAACAUUGCUAUUCAUCCUUUUCUGUUAUGUCUUUUGGAAUUUUCUUAAAACACCUCCAUUGGACUCAAUUUCCACCUUGACUGACAAAUUUUCUCGAAAAGCACCUGAAGAAUUACAAGCUAAUGGCAGAACUUGUGGAGGUGUUCCACCUCUUGGAGACAUUGAUAUUAGGAUAGUAAAUAAAUAUUUAUAUGAUAAAUGACAAAAAAUAAUUUAUCUAAAAAUUAGUCUCCUGGGAUCUGUGAUCCUGAAUUAUCAGUAUAAUUGGUGUUUUUUACCA